GCCGCUCCCUCUUUCCUCCCUCUCGGCGUCAGCUCUCCCACCUGCUCCCCCUCCCCUGAGAGCUCCUCAGUGUGAGGCGGCCGUGGGUCUUGGAUCCGCGUCGGCCCGGAGCGCCUGCCUCCCCCUCCCCUCCGCUUGUUGGGGGGUGCAUCGGUCCAGGCUGCGGAAGAUCGGGUUUUGGAAACCCACAUGGGCUCGCCGCUGUUGUUCUUCUUUGAUGCGUGAUGGUGGAUCUGUUCUGCGUGUGAAUCUUUUCCUGCUUUCGAGUUCGAAUUCUGGUGUACUAUCAGCGAGAUUCAGUGCGCCUGCACUGCACACCAGUCCAUCUGGACGGCCUUCUGAAUUGUAUGAAAUGCUUCUCAUUUCGGGUGCUGCUCUGCCAGCGACGCAUGGGUUGUGCGCGUUAACUGCUAACCAUUUCCAUACCUGGUGCUGGGGGAGCAUUCUCUGUCAAGUUACCAAAAUGUCCUUUCUGUUCAAGUCAAGCAAUGGUGCUACAAUAGAGAAGAACCUGACCCUAGAAGAGCAGCUAGAAAAGAUAAAUGAAUUGCGGAAAGAGCUUGGUGACCACUCAUCAGCAGAAAUACAAGCUUUCCUUUCUGAUGCCUCAUGCUCAAGAUUUCUUCGAGCAAGAAACUGGAACGUGCAGAAAGCAAGUAAAAUGAUGAAGGCGGCUGUAAAAUGGCGGGCAUCAUAUGAACCAGAAAAGAUUUACUGGGAUGAUAUUUCACAUGAAGCAGAGACAGGAAAGAUAUAUAGGGCUGACUACAAGGACAAACAUGGAAGAACUGUUCUUGUCCUGAGGCCAGGAUUAGAGAAUACUACUUCAGGAAAGGGGCAGAUCAAAUAUCUAGUUUACUGUCUAGAGAAAGCAAUUAUGAACCUGACAGAAGAUCAAGAGAAGAUGGUGUGGCUGACAGAUUUCCAGAGUUGGACACUGGGAAGCACACCGCUGAAGGUGACCCGAGAGACUGUAAAUGUCUUGCAGGACUGUUACCCUGAGAGACUUGGGUUGGCAAUCCUUUACAAUCCUCCUAGGAUAUUUGAAUCCUUCUGGAAGAUAGUGAAGCCAUUUUUGGACCAUGAGACUUACAAGAAGGUGAAAUUCGUGUACUCCAGCGAUAAAGAGAGCCAGAAGAUUAUGGCUGAUGUCUUCGACCUGGAUAAGCUCGACUCGGCCUUCGGAGGAAGGAAUCCAGCCACCUUUGAAUACAACAGCUAUGCUGAAAGGAUGAGGGCAGAUGACAUCAAGAUGGGUUCUCUAUGCAUCUCAAACGGAACCACCCUUCCUGAGGGCCAUCCACAUGUAUCUGCUGAGGAGACGGCUAACGGUUUAGAUUCAGACGCCUCAAGUGAGGCUUCCUUCUACAGUGGAACUGAAUCCCCAAAGCACGAAGAGGCCGGUGGCAUACCGAAGAACGACUGAGCUUAAAAUGAGCUGAACUGUUUGCUUGUUUCAGACUUUCAGCCACUACACAUAGGUCACAGUAUACAGUAUUAGCUAACUUAGGAUGGAAAGUUUGGACCAUCACCUCUGAUGCAUUGACAUCCUCCUGAAGUAUAAAUGAGAAAAAUUCUGGUUGAUAGAUACCCUCUGGCAUUCCUCCAUAAUAAAUAAUUUGAUGUGCCCUGUA